AUGACGGAAGUUAAAAUGACGAGAGGAUUUAUGGAGUGUGAGAUACCAAAAAAGUACAGAAAAAUUACAAACAAAAGACUGAACGACGUACGAUUAGUUAGAUCACAGUUCCCAUGUUCAGGAACGCAGAAAAAUGUAUCAAAAACAUGCCAGUUUAUCACUGAUAGCACUGAAAAGAAGAUUGUCAAAAUCUCUAGUAAUCGCUCGAAGAACAAAUUUAUUCUCAUGAGAAGCUUGUUACACAGCGUGGUUCAAAAAAUCAGCAGCUGCUCUAGCAGUAAUUCAAGAAAUCAAUCUAGUGUGGAAGAAGUAUCUAAAAUAGCUUCCUGGUUAUGGAAAAAGAACCAAGGGGGAUUCCAAUCAUAUCAUCAAGUUCUUGCUGUAUUCGAGGAAAACAGAACUGUGAACAAUCCCACCAUUUCCCUUAAAAAACUGACCGAAGCCAUUGGAAGAGAAUGCAUACCAUCAACCUACAGUUACGAAACGCUGACCAAUGCGGCAGACACUACAGCCAUGGAGAGCAAGAAAACGUACAAGGCCUUCUGUGGCAGAUUCUCUCUCAAGGAGGCUACACGUAGGGUCAGGAAGAAGAAACCUAUACAAACCUUCGCCCUCCGCUCCGCCAACAUUGAAGACGUCUUUCUCAUAUAA